AUGCAAACCCUCAUUCGUCGUGGCUAUAAUUCGGCCACAAGUCAAGGCGAUGUAGGAAUAUUUGACGACCUACCCAUAAAUUCGGAGCAUCCCAGCUUUAAGAGAUGUACUGCGACGCAGGUCGCAAAAGAGACUACUCCACCCAAAUCAUCGCUCAUGCUUGUCAGAGAUUUCAUUGAUGAUUGUCUCUAUAAUCCGAAUUACGGAUAUUUUUCCAAGCAAGCAGUCAUCUUCUCACCAGACAAAGAAUUCGAGUUUAACGAAAUCAAGGACAACUUGGAAUUCACAAAUUUGGUGGCAAAAAAAUACAGAGAAUUUGAAGGGAGCCUUGGUGAAACAAGCGACAAGAUCUUUCGGCAGGUUUGGCACACUCCAACCGAAUUGUUUAAGCCUUGGUACGGACAUGCUAUUGCCAAAUACCUGGUCACCGAGUAUAAAUUAGAAUCUUCGCAGAACGAUUUGAUCAUCUAUGAACUUGGCGCAGGGAAUGCGACCUUGAUGCUCGAUAUUUUAGACUACAUCCAAAAAUUUGAACCGUCGGUGUACAAGCGAACGAAGUAUAGGAUUGUGGAGAUCAGUGGGAAAUUGGUUGAAAGACAACUUCAAAACCAAAAACUCCGCGAAAGCAAAAAUAUUCAUGAUUGCGUUGAAAUCAUAAAUAAAAGCAUCUUCGAAUGGAACGAGUUGGUAUCAGAUAAUUGCUUUUUUUUGGCUUGCGAAGUGUUGGACAACUUUGCGCAUGACCUAAUCCGUUAUGAUGCAAUCACAGAGCAUCCUCUUCAAGCCGUUGUGGUAACGGAUGAUAAAGGAGAAUACGAGGAGCUUUAUGAACCGGUCACUGAUGCUCUGAUCUUACGAUAUUUGGCACUUCGAAGUAAGACGACGUACAAACCGCCGGUACUCCAAAAUCGCCUGCUUCGUCAACUCCGUAAUAAGCUUCCGUUUGCGCCGAAUAUGUCGCAACCGGAAUUCAUACCGACCAAGGCUCUGGUGUUCCUCGAGAUUUUAAAAGAAUAUUUUCCGAAACAUCGGCUGAUAAUUUCUGAUUUUUACAAACUUCCUGAUACAAUUAAAGGUGUGGAUGCACCUGUGGUGCAGACCAGGUAUCAGCAAACGAUGAUACCAUGUUCGACGUUUAUGGUGUCACCGGGAUGGUUUGACAUAUUCUUUCCAACAAAUUUUGAAUUGCUGAGAGACAUCUACCAGUUGGUUUGCAAGUCCAGUCAGACCGAUGGGAAGAUAGGAGUCUUGACGCAACGGGAAUUUCUGAAGAGAUACGCGGAUCUGGAAAGAACAAAAACAAAGAGCGGCGAAAUACCCUUACUGAUGUAUUACGAGAAUGUCAAAUUUUUAUUAAGUUGA